AUGUCGGGCAGUCCGUUCGCUACCAACAACCAGUCCUCUCGCCAGCAGCCCCCAGGCCUCUUGCGCGAACACUCUUCAUGGUCCUGGCCCGAUGCCAUCCCCGACACUCGCUCGCUGCCCGCCCGCCAGGACGCCGUCCAGCACUUGACCCUGCCGCCCAUGCACACCCAUUACGACCUCGACUCCGACCUCGACAACUCCACCUACGCCUCGCAACCCAGCCGCUCCAAUUUCCUCGCCCAGGUCCUGAAUCGUGGAGACGACGGUGCAGCUACCCAGCGAACCGCCAGUCGCCAUCUCCACGCGCCGUACAGUCUUCCUCGCCCACCACAAUCGCCACUUUCCCACUAUCCUCCGCGGAUGCCCUCACCGCAGUCUGGUCGGAACCACGGUUACGUCGACCUCACGCGCGAGCAGACCCCGCCCAUCAGCCAGGAACGUUCUACUCUCCGCACCCUCCACUCCCGUCAGCAACCCACCGCCGAAAGUCCAACCUCGACCAACUCGCCCACCUCUCCCAUGCCGCCUCGCAGCCAUCGCAAGCGUGAGGCCACCUCGCCUCUCUUCGUCCCCCUCAGUCCAUCCCCAAAACGAGCCAGGCGAAACGACGGGAGCAGCAGCAGCACAGCAGGCGGCGGACGAGGCAGCGGGCCGAGCAACGCCACGGCCCGGAACGAGGUCGAGGAAAUCGAGCGGAUAGACCUGAUAGACGACGACACACCUCUGGCGGAAGCGCUGCAGAAGCAACGCGCGGAGCAAGUAAAGGCCCAGCAGAAGUCGCAAAACGGCGCCGACGCGCCAACGACCCUUACGAGCAUCACCUGCGUCAUCUGCAUGGACACGCCCACCGACCUCACGGCGACUGCAUGCGGCCACGUCUUCUGCCACGCCUGUCUCAUGGAGGCCCUCAUAGCCGGCGAGCAACGCGCCGGCCCGGGCGAACCCAAGCGCUCGCAGUGUCCCGUCUGCCGCAAAGCGCUGUCGCGCACCAAGACGGGCGACAUCAUCCCCCUGCUCCUGAUGCAGAGGGGCCUGGCGACGCAGCCGCGCCGUCAGCGAGGAGCGGGAGCAGGAACAGGAGCAGGAGCAGGAACCACCGCCGCCGGCAGCGCCACCAGUUCUGCGUCGGCAUGA